GCUCCCACUACACCAAGUGAGCCUUUGCGUUCGCUGACCGAGGGCCUGGACGACCCCCCACCAACUCUCGGAGAGGGCGAGAAGCAAGUCGACUGGAGCCGUUCUUUCCACGGCAUCUCUUCAACGCCCUUCAGCCCCGAAGCCGCUGCAAUUCUGACACAAGAGAUUCCAUUCGACGACAUUGAAGUCAAGCCCGAUGGAAUCAUCUACCUGCCCGAGAUCAAGUACAGAAGGAUCUUGAACAAGGCUUUUGGCCCUGGAGGCUGGGGCCUUGUGCCUCGCAGCGAGACCAUCGUCACGGGCAAGCUGGUCACCAGGGAGUAUGCUCUUGUUGCUGGAGGACAACUUGUGUCGAUAGCUCGUGGUGAGCAACAGUACUUUGACGCCGACGGCAUUCCCACCGCGACCGAGGGCUGCAAGUCGAAUGCUCUGAUGCGCUGCUGCAAGGAUCUGGGUAUUGCUUCUGAACUCUGGGAUCCGCGAUUCAUUCGCAAAUACAUGAAAGAGAUGGCCAGGGAGUUGAUCGUCGAGCAUGUCAUGACAAAGAAGAGAAGAAAGCACUUUAUGAGAAAGGACGACGAGUUGAAGUAUCCCUUCAAGGAGGUCGUUAUUCCUGGCCAGACC